AUGAAAUGCGUCCCCAUCUCGGGCCCGUCGUCGUUCCCUGCAAUUCUCCGUCCUCCAGCUGUUCGACUCGCCAACCCUGUCAACCACGUCCCUCGUGUUACGCCUCUUACUGUUCAUCCAGCUGGGUCCGACGAGAGUCUCGCUUUCAGUUAUCGACGCGACGCACAUCCCCUCCUCAGUGUCCCCGAACGCCGAAGAAGUCGCUUGACCCCAUCUCCUAAUAGUCUUGUCGUGGAACACAGCCAAGGGGAAUCUGAGAGUGGACGAACAAGCAUUGCUCUACCACAUCGUCACCGACGAAGCGAACAAUUAACUCCUGAUAUGGCGGCUGCGUUUGCUGGGAGUGCGGCGCGGGAUGUUGAAAACCUGCGACCACCCGAGGCCGUUCACAUUUCACAGGACGGCACUCAUCACCGUGAGGGUGGCCAACCGCGUCAUGUACAGUCAACAACCUCGCUCCGUUCCCAAUCCCAGAUCGCUUCUGUUCCAUCGAAUACUGGCCAGGCCCCGCCCGACAUUGCUGACGAGUUAGCAUGGGGCCCCGCGCACCCCUGUUACCCUCACUUCAAUCCACAUGUCCCUAUCAACUCCCCAGAAUAUCUCACAACGCGAAUUAUUCGCAUCCGUCGCGAUUGGAUGAUUAAGGGAGACCUGGCGCCAACCUUCUCCAACCUUUACCCCGAGAUCUUGGAUCCAUUAUUGUCGGAGCAAGAAUUUCGCAAGGUGAUAUCUAUGGUGAACAAUAGCUUGAUCAAGGCAUUUGAUCCGUACAGUCUGCGUAACUGGAUCGAUAGCGCACUGGGAAUGUUGACUGGUUGGGUCUGGGAUGACUUGAAUGCUCCUGGGGUGAAGGGUUCAUUGCAGCACCUUGAAUCGUGGUUGGAAAGAUGGAACCGUGAAGUUGGGGCCAAAGAUGGAGUUAAAAUCUGGGGUCUCCGGCGCACAGCGUACAUGUCGCUCGAUAUUCAGAUUCCUGAUCCCAAGGUCGGUAUUGUGCCUAGUGAGGCACCGUCUUUACCUAAUACCAGACCCAGUACUGGUGUUGGACCUGUGAUUUGA